AUGGAGUUCACGGUCAGCCUGCCCCAGUGGGCCGUCGACGACCUGGCGUCCCUCAAGGAGGCCACCUACCCCACGGCGGAGGACCGCAUGCGGCCCGUGAACGCCUUUGCGCGCAAGAACUUCGAGCACAACACCGGCGGGCCCUUUUCCGCGGGGGUCUUCGAAAAGGACACCGGCAAGCUGAUCGUGAUCGGCGUCAACCGCGUGGUGCCCUCUAACUGCUCCUCCGCGCACGCCGAAGUCACGGCCCUGUCGCUGGCGCAGAAUUUGCUGGGGACAUGGAACCUGGGCGCAUGGCCGGAGACCCUGCAACUGGUGGUCAACUGGCGGCCGUGCGCGAUGUGCUACGGCGCGGUGCUGUGGUCGGGCGUGAAGAGCCUGGUGAUCGGCGGCAGCGGGGGGGAGGUGGAGGAGAUCACGGGAUUUGACGAGGGGCCCAUCCACCCGGAGUGGCAGAAGGAGCUGGAGAAGCGGGGGGUGGAGCUGACGGACGGUGUGCUCAACGAGGAGUGCGUGCAGGUGUUCAGGGACUUCAUGGCGGCGGGGAGGGAGGUGUACAAUCCCAACAGGGGUUGA